AUGACAUUAGCAUUUCUAGAAGGGAAUCCCAGCGUUAACAAGUGCAAAGACAAUUUUGUCCUCACAGUUCUCAACAAAGGAAGGAAAGCCUUCUCCAUCUCCUACUUCUGCUGCUUCCUCUUACACUUUCUUCUAACAAUUACAGUUACUUGUGCCGCAGAUCAUAGCAAAACAUGUGCCCCAUCUUCGUGCGGCAAAGUCACCGACAUAAGGCAUCCUUUCCGGCGAAAGGAUGACCCAGAAAACUGCGGCGAUCGGAGGUACGAGCUGACUUGCGAGAAUAACGUCACCGUGCUAGCUUUGUUCCCGGGGAAAAACUACCAUGUUGAAUCAAUAAACUACAAUAACUUCACAAUCCGACUCGUAGAUCCUUCCAUGGACUCAUCAGAGGAUCAUAAUUGUUCCACCCUUCCUCGCUACUCCAUAACCCGUACCAAUUUCAGCAACACAGAAACAGAACCAUAUGUAUAUGAAGCCCGUCAAGUACGAGAGACCUUGCUUAAGAAUGGGGGCAUGGUAAGGGAAACUUUACAAUCAUUCGAGCACGUGGUUUUCUUGAAAUGCAGAAAUCCGGUGAGGGACGAUCCACGACACGUGGACACUGCUCCUUGCAUCAAAGAAGGCGGCAAUAAUGUUUAUGCUGUUGUUGGAGGGUUGCCGGUGGUUGAAUUAAGAGAUGAUUGCGAUGUGAAGCUGGUUGCUGCCUCAUCAUUAUUAUCGGUUAGCAUGAAUCAAAACUUUUCAUACGCUGAUAUUCGUAGGAUGCUUGCUUACGGAUUUGAAGUUUCCUGGAUACCUGGUGCUUGUGAAUAUCAGUGUGGGCAGAAUAACAGAGUUUGCGUAAUCGAUGGAAUCUUUCAAAGUCUCAAAUGUAACUACACCGGAGUCUGUUUCACUCCACUGCUGAAAAACUAUUGUGGACUUCGCAAAGUAGUAGGAAAAGAUAGUACUGGUGAUUACUUCUAUCAAAUCAUUAAAACGGAUGUAUUCAGAAAAUGUAUUUUGAAGAUGGGAGUAUUCACAGGAUGGUUUAUGGUGCCAUACAUGGUCGUCAAAUUCAUAUUGAGUCUCGCAUUUUUCUUGGUAUUGUUGAUCUACUCAUACCAAAGAAGACAUGCAUCAAUUUGUGAUAACAUUGAGGAAUUUUUGCAAGGGAACAAACUCAUUCCAAUAAGGUAUUCAUAUAAAGAGAUAAAAAAGAUGGCAAGAGGUUUUAAGGAAAAGUUGGGAGAAGGAGGAUUCGGCUCCGUGCACAAGGGAAAACUACGAAGUGGACCCUUUGUAGCCAUAAAAAUGUUGGGUAAAGCCAAAGGUAAUGGUCAAGAUUUCAUCAGUGAAGUUGCUACAAUUGGUAGAAUACAUCAUGCUAAUGUAGUAAGGUUGAUUGGAUUCUGCGUAGAGGGUUCAAAACGCGCUCUUGUAUAUGAAUUUAUGCCAAAUGGUUCUCUAGAUAAGUUUAUCUUCUCCAAAGUGGAUAAUGUAUCAUUAACAUACCAGAAACUUUUUGAAAUAUCUCUUGGCGUGGCUCGUGGCAUAGCUUAUCUACACGAAGGUUGUGACAUGCAGAUUUUGCAUUUUGAUAUCAAGCCUCACAACAUUCUUCUAGACGAGAACUUCAUUCCUAAGGUGUCAGACUUUGGUCUUGCAAAACUUUAUCCUCUUGAUAACAGUAUUGUAACUUUGACAGCAGCAAGAGGAACCAUUGGUUACAUGGCCCCGGAAUUAUUCUACCAAAAUAUUGGAGCAGUAUCUUAUAAGGCCGAUGUCUAUAGUUUUGGAAUGCUUUUGAUGGAAAUGGCAAGUCAAAGAAGAAAUUCAAACCCAAACGCAGAGCAUUCAAGCCAAUUUUACUUUCCAUUUUGGAUAUACGAUCAAUUGGCUAAGAAAAGUGAUGAGAUAGAGAUAGAAAUUUUGAUGGAUGAAGAAACGAACAAACUAGCAAAAAAGAUGUUCAUAACUGCACUAUGGUGUAUACAAUUGAAGCCAAGUGAUCGUCCUUCAAUGAAUAAAGUGGUGAAAAUGUUAGAAGGGGAUGUUGCAAGCAUUGAAAUGCCUCCGAGACCUUCAUAUUAUCCAAAUGAUAUGAUUCACAAAGAUUCUGAGAUUAAUUCAGGAGUAACUACUUCAAAUGAUUCUUCUAGUUGUUCAGAUUUUGAGGAGGAAAUUACAACCAAUCCUAUGUGGAAGUGCUUUGGUUGA